CAAGCUGCAAGUGAAUCAACGACCAAAUGCGACGAGAUUGAAGCCUGGCUGGACAGCUAUGAAACUUAGAGACUGUUAUCAGACAAACCAGUCUGAGUCUGCUGUACACCUAAAAGUAUCCAAAAGAGACUGUGCCCUGCUACCUGCGUAGCUAAAGAUUCAGCGAAGAGGACAGAGCGGACAGGUACUGUUGUGGAUCCUAUACCGAGGACUGAAGACUUUGUUGCAGCUGUGUGUGGAUCCUAUUGGGAUUGAAGACUUUGUUGCAGUUUGUUGAUCAUAUUGGGGGAUUGAAGACAUUGCUGAGAGGAGAGCCUUUUAUACUGGACACUUCAACAUAUUGAGUUUCCAAACCAGCCAACCAAAAGUCUAAGCUUCAAGGAACAGUGAAAAAGUGUAAGAAAUGGAACUGCAAAAUUUGCGGGGAAAAGCAAUCAAUAAUAAAGGUUUAUGGACGGGUCUGGCGCAGACUGCCGGGGCCAUGUACAGAAACUGAAUAUGAUGCAGGGAGAAGCGACUCAGGCAGCUGAAAUAAACGCGUGUGGACAAGAAGAUGAGUUUCCUGAGGAAAUCCUACCACAAGAUGACUGUUUGAGCAUUAACAGUCAACGGGCUACAGAUGCUGUAGCUGGGCUCAGCCGCUGGACUAAGUUCCUGGAGAAUAGCCGUGGAGAGCCAGCAGUAGAAGAGGGAUUGGUGGAUGAAGAGGAGAAUGUGUACACAGACAAGGAUCACUUUUACACAGAGAAGAGAGUGAUCAAGAGGAAUCAGAGGAAACGUGAAAAAGACUGGAACUCUUGUAAUCCAUCCCUCGAAGAGUCUGUUAACUCCGAUCAUUGUGAGUUCGGGACCAGGUGGAAGAAAGCCAGGCAAUGGGAGAACUGGGGAAGACCUUCACCGCAGGAUAAAAAAGAUCUGACAUCUUCGAAAGAAAAUGCUGAUAAAUCUAUGAUCUUGGGUCAGCCAUUGCCUCCUCCUAAAGCUACUGCUAAUAAGAAAACCUCUCUGGGACUUAAGGAUUCAACCAUUCCAGAGUACUGUACAAACAACUCUACUGGGAUGACAGCUUCCAAGUGGGAAAGGUUCCUUCCUUCUACCACAAGAGAAGAUGAGUCAGGCUUUGCCCCUCAAUCAGAAAAAGAUCUUCAGCAUUCACAAACCUUCCCUCCCUUGGCUUUUUGCAGUGCACUAGACAUGCCUUCACAGCUCGAGGGAACAGGAUCCUUGACAUUAGUAGAUAAAACUUUGCAGAGGAAGAAGUUUAAAUUAACUGCAGAAGGUGGUUUGGCUAAGGAGUUUCCUCCAACUUGCACACAGCCAACAGCUUCCUUUGUUUCACCCAUUGUCUCUACUCAAGCACUUACGGCUGAUCCCUUGCAGCCUUCAUUCUGCUUGCUGUUCCAGACAGAUGAGGACUUUGAUGAGACCUUUUAACCUUUGAGUUACUGAUGACGAUGGCUUAGCUUGUCUAAGUUCAGUGGUUUGUUCUACUGCACCAUCAGCAUGGUUUGUUCUUCUACAAUGUUUAAGCAAAACUCUGAUUUAAAAAAUAUGUAUUUGGUAUUUCCUGUUCACGUAAGUAUGCCUUCAAAUAAAAUAAAUUAAACAAUUCAAAUUCAUAAAUUAAUCCAAAACAAA